AUAAGAUAAGGAAGGAAAAGAGGCGAUCCCAAACAUUAGAGUACGCCACCGCCUAAUAACGACGGACGGACCAUCGUAGCAGGAGCAGGGGACGAAGAAGACACGUUUCAAGGUCGCCUUUUCAAAUUUCAAGAUGGAAAAUCUGGAAGGUAAUGAUAUCUUCUUUCCUGCCAAGUAUGAGGACGAGAAAAAAAUUUUCACAUCAAAAAUUGAAGGUCUACUAUCCUCGGAAGAACCUCCUAGCAAGAGAUUUCGACUAAUAAAAGGGAAGCCACAAGUUAUACAAAAGGGCAGGGUGAAAGAAUCUACCGUUAAAAAGUUUGAUAAUAUGAAGCCGGUGUAUCCUGAUGACAUGGAAGUGGUUCCUAUAACCAUUAAGAAAGGCGAAUACAUCGAUGUGAUAUCCUUAUUGUCAUCAAACAAGAGUAGUGAUGCUAAUAGCAACUACCUCCUUCGUAGCAAAAGCUUUGAUCAAGUCCAAGUUGAGAGCCUUAAAGGAAAAUAUGUUUGUCUCUGUUGUUUCGUGGUGCCCGUUGUCUUUGAUGGUUGUCAGGCCUGUUUAGCCCAAAGUUUUUCCCAGUUGUCCCAUGAGCUGUCUAGUAGAAACGACUUUGAGAUGGUCCUGGUUAUUAAGAUGAAGCAACCCUGGAAGGAUGAGAAGGGUGUUUUUGACCACUUCAUGUCAGCUUUUAAUUGCCUUGUAGUUCCAUACGAACAUGCAUUUCAACGAGACAAAAUAUGCAUGUCUUUAAAACGACUUUCAUUUGGCUUGGGUGGAUUCAUUGUUGAUCCCAAUCAGAAUGUGGUGCAAGAACACAUUUGGUGCUUGCAUCAUUGCGGUGGCGGUGCAUUUCCAUUCACUGAUGACAAGCUCCUUCUUUACUUCAACAGAAAUUGGGAAGGCAAGUCCAUUGAGGAGCUGUUGCUCGGCGAUUCCUCCUCUUUACUUCUUCGUAAGGUAAAUGGACAAGCAGAGAAGAUAUGCAUUUCAGCUCUCAAAACAAAGUUUGUUGUGUUAUACUUGUGCGCAAACGGUUGGGGAGCUGACAUCCCUUUGCUAGAGAAGGUCUGUCAGCAUUGUGAAACUUUAGGGCAUGAGCUUGAGAUUGUGUUUACAUGUAUACCUUAUCAAGGUUACAACCCGGAGGUAUUCCAAGAGGUUAUAGAAUCUGUUUUGAAGAAGCGCGGACUGUCCUGGUGGAUUUUACCCUUCAACAACACAACAUGUCAUAGGUUAAACGAGCUAUUUCCUGUUGAGUUAGGAGAUAUGUUUGUAAUUAUUUCACAUGGCGAAUGUGUAGAACCGUAUGGAAAAGAAGUGAUACUAAAUCUAGGGAUCGAUACAUAUCCUUUUACCAGAGACAGUUUUAUUCGGAAUACUUUCAAGAGAUUGAAUGAGCUCAGCUUGGAGUCCUUACUAGAGAGAUCGACUGGAAAUAUUCAUCGCGGGAAUGAUCCUGAUGCUCAACUUUCUGUGACUUCUCUUCGGGGCAAGAAUGUUCUUCUUUAUGUUGGCAGGGUUGAGAAACGCUUAAUGCAUCUCGCUGAUGUCAAGAAGUGGUAUAAUGAAAUUAAGGAAAGGAUUCCAGAUUUCGAAUUGCUAUUUGUUCCUUUAGAUACAUCUAUAUCAAAAGAGGGUGCCGAACGUAUGCUGUCUAUGCCUUGGUUUGUAUGCUCAUCCGAUCCAGCUCUCUCUGAGUUUGUGGCCGCCACCUUAAUCAUAUCAGAGUACUUUCAGGCGGAGGACCUGUUUGCAUUCGGGCCAAAUGGUAGGAUUUGUUCGAUUGACGUACUUCAUAUCCUAUGUUGGAAGGGGAUAUCUAGUUUUCCAUAUGUUGGGGACCUUGUGGAAGAGAUAUGUAGUAAACUAGAAGAGUCUUUUGACAAUGACUAUCUGUCUGAGAUGGCCUGGGGCAUUCCAAGUCUUCUAAGAAUUGGAAAAUAUGGAGAUCUGAAGAUAUGAAGUUGGUGUGGUUCAAUCUUUUUUCAAGUUUGAUGGCAGAUGCAGGUUUGAAAGGGGUAUUUGCGACCAGGUGGUGUGGGAGAGUAUGCUUAUAUGAACUUAGAAGAGCUGAGGAGAAAAAUGAAGGCCCUUCUCCCUUCUCUAGUUCUCUGUUUACUGCAUUUGUUAUACUAAUUUCCAAGAACGAAUGCCGCCACUGCACUUGCAGAGAGCAAUAGGUGGUGUGCCUUUCUCCCAACUUCAUGUGCCGCCGAUCCUUAACCUCAGAUAUACUUUGUUUGUGAUGUUGUAAUUUGUACGGAUUAUUAUUUAUGCUCUACUUUGAUGAUGUUUUUUUGCACAUCAAAGUAGUAAAACUAGAAGACUAUGAAUGACAUCCGAGCAAUGCUACCUUCGA